AGUUAGCUUGACGCAGGUUUGAGGCCUUCUGUGUUUUCAACGGAGAGAGAGCCUAGAAGAAAAAUGGCGUCGGCUGGCGACCCAGAGCGGGACACCGGCCAUUCACUUUAAGCUUUGCGCCCUAAAAUUGAGACCGUGGGCAGGUGGGAACUUCGCGGCAACUUUCGCAUGAGCCGUUUGCGGCUCCUUUCUCAGUUUUUCUUCGUUGCGCGUGGCGUCUCGCGGCUCCGGGAUUGAAGCGGAACAGAAGAGGCGCUCUCCUACAAUGAGGGGGAGAAGAGGAAGGCCGCCCAAACUGGCAGCCGGGAUGCGGGAAGGCUUACCCGCGCCAGCCCGGGGCUCCCGGAGUGGAAGGGGCAGAGGGAUGAGGGGACGGGGACGGGCCAGAGGACGGGGUCGUGGACGCGGCUUAAUCGACGGCGCCUGUGUCACCGGUUCCACCGAGGUGGACACGGAAAUAUCAGGCCGAGAGAACUUUAAUUUGUCCCGGGGCCGCAAGAAAGUUGUAGCCGCCACCUCUGAAGCGAGCGCGACAUCGCGAGGCAGAGGAGGCAGAGGGAGAGGCAGGGGCUCUCGUGGCGGCCGUGGCGGUAGUAGAGGCGGAGUGAAGCGGCCUCCGACCAAGGUGGUGUACGACGACAACAGCGACGAGGAGGACGACAAUUUAAGCUACCGAUCGGAGGAGGACGAACUCUUGAACGACAACCCUUCGUCGGAUCUGGAAGAAGAAGAAGAGGCCUUGGCAAACGACUCGGACUAUCUCGGGGAACUAGCUGAUGAAGAUGAUGAUGCCAGCUUCUGCACCGACAGUAGUACGAGGAGCCAAAGCACGCUCGGGAGCACACCAGGUCGAAGAAGGAGUCGAGUGGUACAACCGCAGUCUCCCGUCUUGGAGGCACAAGACAUUCCCCCCUUGGAGCUUCCGAAGUCCUCCGAGGACCUCUUGGUUCCUACCUCACAGCUCCUCAACGUGUCUGCUGUGUACGAGGUUCUCCGCAACUUUGGCACAGUGUUGCGGCUCUCCCCUUUCCGUUUUGAGGAUUUCUGUGCAGCGGUUGCCAGCCAGGAGCAGUGCACGCUCCUGGCAGAGACCCACAUUUCCCUACUCAAGGCUAUACUCAGAGAGGAGGACACUUCCAACACCACCUUCGGGCCUGCUGACGUGAAGGAUUCUGUCAAUUCCACACUUUAUUUUGUGGAUGGCAUGACCUGGCCGGAGGUAUUACGGGCAUACUGUGAGAGUGACCCGGAAUAUCGACACAUUCUCCCUUUCCAGGAAGGAGAGGAUUAUCCGUUUGAACCCUUUGAGAACAAAAUCAAAGUUCUUCAGUUUCUAGUGGACCAGUUCCUGGCGACCAACAUCGCCAGGGAAGAGCUCAUGUCAGAGGGCGUGGUAGCUUAUGACGACCACUGCCGGGUGUGCCACCGCCUGGGUGACUUGCUAUGCUGCGAGACCUGCGCAGCCGUUUACCAUCUGGAAUGUGUGAAGCCACCAUUGCAGGAAGUGCCAGAGGACGAGUGGCAGUGCGAGGUGUGUGUAGCGCACAAGGUGGCUGGUGUGGUCGACUGCAUCCCUGAAAUACAGAAAACCAGACCCUUCCUUCGCCAGCUGCCGGUUGGCUAUGACCGGCACAGUCGCAAAUACUGGUUCCUGAACCGCCGCAUUGUCGUAGAAGAAGAUGGCGAGCAGGAGCAUAAAACAAUCUGGUACUACAGCACCAAGGUCCAGCUAGGCGAGCUCAUCGAGUGCUUGGAUAAGAAUUACUGGGAAGCCGACCUCUAUGCCGCCCUCGAAGAAAUUCGGGAUGAGGUUCACACACACAUGGACAUCACAGAGGACUUAACCAACAAGGCUCGGGGCAACAACAGGUGUUUCCUCAAUUUUGCCAAUGAGGAGAUCUUGGAGCGUUUGCGAGCCAAAAAGGAAGAAGAGCUAGAAGAGGUGAAAAGGCAGGCGGCCGAGGAGGCCCUUAAAGCUCGUCUGGAGCAGGAGAAGGAUGACGUGGAUGUGGAGAAAGAUGGUAAUGAAGACGGCAAGCUGAUUGACAGUGAAGGACAACAGGUUGUCACUGUCAGUGAUGAGACUACCCAGGAGGAGGACAAGGAGACCAAUGAAGAGGUGGAGAAAGAAAAAAAUGAUGCUGUCAAAACUGGAGCAGAACACCCAUCAUCAGACUGUGCUCCUGCAAGUGGUGACGGCGUCCCAAAUCUGAGCCAUCCAAACCAAAUGAUUGAGGACAACAGUAAUAGCAGCGUGGGCAUCCCGGUCCCACCCAGGGCCCCUGAACCUCCGGAUCUGGCAGACAAGUCCUCCCAGUCAUCCCUGGCAAGCUUCGACGACACAGGAGAUGGUAAAGAUUCCACCAACGGUGAGUGUCUUGGUGGGAAGAAGUCAUCUGCAACUCGUAUGGUGACCCGGCUGAGGAACCCAGAGAGCAAGUUGAGCCAGCUGAAGAGCCAGCAGGUGGCUGCUGCCCUUCAUGAAGCCAACAGAGGCUUCAAGGAGGGAAAAGAGAUUCUAGUUGUGAACGCUCAAGGUGAUGUCACCCGUGUCAGUACACGCAGCAAGGAUGUGGUGAUGAAGGGGACACUUUGCCAAUUCUUCAAGCUCGGUCAGGAGGGCAAAUAUCGUGUCUAUCAUAACCAGUACAGCACAAACACACUGGCCCUCAACAAGCAUCAGCACAGAGAGGAUCACGACAAAAGGCGGCAUCUCUCCCACAAGUUCUGCAUGACCCCAGCGGGAGAAUUCAAGUGGAAUGGCUCCAUCCACGGUUCCAAGCUUAUCACCAUCUCUACGAUAAGGCUCACCAUCAUCCAGCUGGAGAACAAUGUACCAUCUCCAUUCAUGCACCACAACUGGGCCUCACACAGGACCAACUGGAUCAAAGCUGUACAAAUGUGCAGUAAGGCCAGAGAGUUUGCCCUGGCUCUGGCCAUCAUGGAAUGUGCGAUCAAGCCUGUGGCAACCAUGCCAGUCUGGAAGGAUUCACUUGGCCACACCAGGUUAAACCGCAUGACUUCCAUGGAGCGUGAAGAGAAAGAGAAAAUAAAGAAAAGGGAGAAGAAGCUGGAGGAAGAGGAGACGAUGCAACAGGCGACUUGGGUCAAAUACACUUUUCCAGUUAAACACCAGGUGUGGAAACAAAAAGGCGAGGAAUAUCGUGUUACCGGCUAUGGUGGCUGGAGUUGGAUAAGUAAGACCUAUGUCCGGAGAUUUCUCCCAAGACUUCCUGGCAACACCAAUGCCAACUACCGCAAGGAACUUGAAGAUGCUAAACUUGGCCUAAAAUGCACCCUUUUGGAUCUGAGUCAACGACCCAGUCUCCAUGCAUCUGAGGUUCAAAGGGUCUCUGGCUUGAUCAGUGAUACAGCAGAUAACGACGCAUCUACACCCUCCUCCAAACCUGCCCAAGAUAAUUUGGCAUCUAGUGAAAAUAUUGAAGAGGAAAAGAGCGAAGCUGCGUGUGAAAUGGAAACAUCUGAGGAACUGCCUUUUGAGAACUCAGAACUCAAGACGGAGUUGGAUUCCACUACAAUAAAAUCAGAGGAUGAGCAAACGUCAAGUACUAAGGAAGAGUCUGUGAAGGAGGAGCUUACAGACAACUCCAUUCGUCCUUUUAACUACGACGUUGUAGAUGUCAGUAAGGGCUUCCUCACCCGCAUUGCAUACAAGAAGAAGGUCAAGUCCUCCAAACUUGACAGCCUUCUGGAGCGGCGAGUGAAGCAGCACACAAUUCAAGAGAAGAUGAAGCAACAUGUGUCUGCAUCCAAACCCAAGGCCACUCCACCUCAUUCACCCCUCUCCUCAACACCGCCACCACUGGGCACUCCUGUACGACCGCGGUCACCGCUUAAGCCCCAGACUCUGGCUCAGACACAGCUCAAAGACAGCAAUGCUGUGAAAGAGGAGCAGAAAACCUGCACAUUUCAAGCUCAUGGGUCUGCAGAUGUUGGUGGAAUUCCAGAUGACGAUCAGGCUGUAGGUUCUAAAACUACACAAGAUGAAGAUGUUUGCCUUUCUUCUAUUCCUAAUUCAACACCCAAAGACAGUUGCUGUUCAGAUGUAGAAAGAGAUUCGUCUUCACCACAAAACCAAACCAUCACACUGUCUCAGGAAUUGAGGGUUGGCUCCAUAGAAAGGACUUUGAGGCCCAAAGAUUGCUCUUCAGAGCAACAAACGGGCAGUGCUUGUUUAAACACUACCGAUGAUGGGCUUAUCAAAAAUAUAAGCUCUGAGGUACCUAACAUGGACUCUUGUAGAAAGAAGGACUCCGUAAGGACCCAUACAAAACUUGUUGAGCAAAUAAGUAGUGAGAAUACAGCUCUUCCCAAUCCGUCACCGGAAAGUCCAGAGACAUUAAGAUCAGCGGAGUUAGCCUCUGAGACAAACGGCAUGGGACCUGACGAAAACCGGGAAAAUAUGAAAGAUCCCGAGGGCUCCAGUUCUCCUGUUUCAGCUUCUCCUCUCCCGCAUAUAAAUGGUAAGGAUGAUUUAGGGGGUGAUGUCCUGUUGAGCAACUCGGCGGUAAGUCCAAAUAAUGGCAUGCUGACUAGCAAAACCAAGGUGAACAGCAUUGGUCAAGUCGAAGAUGAAGGUAUUUCACCGAAGAUCAGCACAGAACAAAAGCCUUUGGUGAAUGGAGAUUUGGCUCUUAUAAACAAACAUAUACAUGCUGUCCAAAAGGGGCCAACCCCCGCAGAAACAUUUGAGAGCAACAUAAUGACGCCGGAUCAGGAUUACAAACCUCCUGUGAAGAUAUCAAAGAUGGAAAAUAACAGAGAUCCGUUUGAAGCUCAGACUCCGAGCUCUCUGCAGCACAACAGCUCCUGCAACACUAAAUCCAUCCCUGUAGUCAAGAUCAUCAGAAUGGCGCCCUCGCCUAUACCUUCAGCAGAAGAGUCCAGUUUAAGUGAUGAGUUUGCAGAGAACAGUGAGCGAGAGACAACAACACCGUUGAAAACGCCCUUCACCGAAGUAACCACCACCUUCACAAGCACCUCUACUGUGUUGUCCAGUGGUACGAAACUGCCUCGAGCCGCAUCUGUAGAAUCUGCACAACCAGUCGUAACGACGGAAAGUGCGGUAUUCACCCUCACCUCCAUGACCAAAACAACCGUGACAAAAAUCUCUUCCUCUAGUCCGUCAGAAGACAGCCCGAGUGACAUAAUGGCACAACAGACAGACACAACACUUUCGGUCAUUAAAUCAACAACCAACACCAACGGUGCAACUCCUGGAGACAUAUUCCAGGAAGACUCAACCAGGGGCCGAGUGCGCCUCCGCAAAUUCUCCCGCACGAAGAAGGUGCGCUCGGACACUGCGCUUCCUUCUUAUCGCAAGUUUGUCACCAAGAGCAACCGCAAGAGCAUUUUCGUGUUGCCGCAUGACAACUUGAAGGUGCUGGCAAGGCGGGGAGGAUUCCGUGAGGUGGCCGUCUUUAAUUACAAUGCCAAGCCGGCCCAGGAUAUUUGGCCCUAUCCUUCCCCCAGGCCCACAUUUGGCAUCACCUGGAGGUAUCGCUUGCAAACAGUGAACUCUUUGGCUGGUGUGAGUCUGAUGCUUAGACUGCUCUGGGCCUGUUUGAGAUGGGACGACAUGGCCGUGAAGCCAUCUGCGGCUGUCGGUACUACACGAACAGCCCUAUCCCCACUCAUUACCACAGAGACGUCAGACACAGAAAUCACCACCACAGAGAUCAUCAAACGACGUGACGUGGGACCCUAUGGCAUACGCUCAGAGUACUGCAUCCGCAAAAUUAUCUGUCCCCUGGGAGCACCUGAGACACCCAAAGAAACCCACACCCCGCAGAGGAAAGGGCUGCGCUCCAGCGCCUUGCGUCCCAAGAAACCUGAACCUCCCAAGCAGACGGGCCCCGUGGUGAUCGAGACUUGGGUCGCUGAGGAGGAGCUAGACCUCUGGGAGAUCAGAGCUUUCUCUGAGAGGGUUGAGAAGGAGAAAGCUCAGGCAGCUGAACAAGCCAAGAAACGUCAGGAGCAGAAACCUGGCUCGGUCACGGUCACUCCAACAGGAACUCCCGCAACAGCCGCCGUGACGCCUAAGGUCAUGGUGGCUUCACUGUCAGGUCAGGGAACUCCGAGCACCAAAGUGGUGCUGUCUUCAAAGAUGGGCACGCCUGUCAAAUAUCAGCAGACAAAGAACUUCCAGCAAUCAUUUGCCUCGUGGAUAAAGCAGAGUCAAAACUCACCAGAGACCACAGUGACCACGACUGGUGGACACACAUUUCACAUUACAGGAACCACGGUGGGUGGGAAGGUAGUCACCACCAAGCUGCCACUUCCAGCCAACAGCAAGCUCAUCACAGUCAAUAUGGCAACGUCACAAGGAGGUGCUGUGCAACAGAAGGUGUUGGGUAUCAUUCCCUCCGGUACAACGGGUGGUGCUCAGACCGUUAUCAAAUUGCCUCGCACUACCCCUGUGAACAUCAGGCCCAAUAUUCCAAGCACCCAACAGCCGAUCCGGCCCGGAAUGGCAACGAUUCGAACACCAGUCCAGCAGGGUGGGCCUAUGGGAAAAACAAUCAUCAGAACGCCGCUUGUGGUCCAGCAAGGUCAGGCUGGCCAACAAGUGGUAAGUCAGAUCUUACAAGGGCAGACAGUGUCCACCUCAGUUUCUGGAGCCUCUGUUACUGGCCAGAGCCCAACCACCCCCACUACGACUGGAACGACAUCUGGCCAGGUCAAACUCACCAUCUCACAGGUCGCUCAGCUAAAACAGAAGCAGCAGGCUGGCUCAGGUGUUGGCGGCUCCCACCAGGCUCUGACAGUGAUGAUUCAAGGUCAAGGUCAGACCACCGGCCAGCUUCAGGUCAUACCUCAUGGAGUCACGGUCAUUCCAGGUCCUGGCCAGCAGCUCAUGCAGGCGACUCUGCCCAACGGUCAGAUGCAGCGCUUCUUAUUCACACCCCCAUCUGCAGUGGCUACGCCCACGCCAAGCACGGGCACUACACCCUCUUGCCAGCCCAACUCUGACUCCACGAAAAAGCCGGCCCAGCCCGCUCAACAGGCAGCUGCCCCGGUGCAGCCGGCGGCCGCAACUCUGGCUACCACCAGCUCCUCGUCUGCAUCUACCCCACAGGGCCAAUUACCCCCACAGACGCAGGCCCACAUGCCCAUUCAAUCUCCCACCUCGCUGCAAGUGACGACACAGGGAGGAACUGCACAGCUGCAAUUGCAGCAACCCCCUCAAAUAAUCAUGUCUGGUCUGCAGCAGCAGGUUCAGGUAUUGGCCCAGCUGCAGGCUCAGCAGAGUGGCACAUCUUUACCACAGCACUUUAAACUGCAGCUUCCUGUUCAGAUACAACAGGCUGGCCCCAGCUCAGCUCAGGGAGGACAGAUGGGGAACGUUGUGACCAUCCAGACUGCUUCCGUACAGGAGCAGUUGCAGAGGAUACAGCAGCUCAGAGAGCAGCAACAGCAGAAGAAGAAACAAGCUGCAGAAGCCAAGAAAGAGCAAGCCCUCAAUUCUGGCAGCCAGAAGGACAUCAUUCAGAAACAGGUUGUGAUGAAGCAGAAUGCUUUAAUUGAAUAUCUGAAGCAGAAGAAGACUCUGACACCUGAGGAGAGAGAAGAGAAUCAGAGGAUGAUUGUAUGCAAUCAGGUCAUGAAGUUCCUCCUGGACCGCAUAGACAGAGAUGAGAGGCAGGAGGCCAAGAAGAAGAAGAAGGAGGAGAUUGUGGAGUCUAAGAAGAGGUUGGCAAACGCCAACAAGCUCGCAUCGCUUCUUUACCGCCACAAAGAGAUGCUGAAGAAUGAUAUCUUGAAGAAACGAGUGCUUCUUGAUCAGGAGCUCCAUCUAGAGGCCCAGGAGGAGCUAAAGAAGGACCUGUGGCGGAUGCAGAGGGAGAAGGAGAGAGCAGCAGCACAGAAAGCCGGCCAGGCUGCCACCGCCGCUGCCGCCUCCGCCUCUCACAGCCACCCACAACAUCCUCAAGCCCGUGUGCACAACAUAACCACUCAGCAGCACGACAGCACCACCGUCAUCCCCACACACAAAAGGAAACGUGAAGAGGAGAGAGAGUGCGUGACGUCAGCUAAAUCCAAGAAAAAGAAGAUGAUCUCCACCACCAGUACCAAGGACACCAAGAAGGACACCAAACUCUACUGUAUCUGCAAGACGCCCUAUGAUGAGACCAAGUUCUACAUUGGCUGCGACCUGUGCACCAACUGGUAUCACGGCGAAUGUGUGGGAAUCACGGAGAAAGCUGCCAAGGAUAUGGACGACUAUAUAUGUUUGGAGUGUAAACAGGGCCGGAAGAGCACCAAGGAGGAGCUCUACUGCAUUUGUCAAACACCGUACGAUGAAUCACAGUUCUACAUUGGUUGCGAUCGGUGUCAGAACUGGUACCACGGUCGCUGUGUGGGCAUCCUGCAGAGCGAAGCGAACCACAUAGAUGAAUAUGUAUGCCCGCAAUGCCAGUCGACAGAGGACGCGAUGACGGUCCUCACGCCACUCACUGAAAAAGACUAUGAGGGCCUGCGGAGAAUCUUGCGCUCCUUAACGGCACACAAAAUGGCGUGGCCAUUCCUAGAGCCAGUGGAUACAAGCGACGCCCCUGACUACUAUAAAGUUAUCAAGGAACCAAUGGAUCUUUCCACCAUGGAGGAGAGGUUACAGAAGCGCAAGUAUGUCAGGCUAACGGAGUUUGUGGCGGACAUGACCAAAAUCUUUGACAACUGCCGCUACUACAACCCCAGCGACUCGCCCUUCUACCAGUGUGCCGAGGUUCUGGAGAGCUUCUUCGUGCAGAAGCUCAAAGGCUUCAAAGCCAGCAGGUCUCAUAACAACAAACUACAAUCAGCAGCCUCUUAGUGCCCUCUUUAAAAAAAAAGUUCUAAAAAAAAAAUAAAAGUAGGAUACAGAUGACCGUUUGAUUGAUUAAACCUUCCACGCUCCAAGUUGUGCUGCGUCGCAUGAGCCGAGGUCAGUUCCAGACGAAAAGCCUUCCCCUCAAUUGGACAAACGCGACAGUGCCACCACUCCAAAGGGAAGGGAAGUGGACCAUUAAGCCAUCCAAGGUGCCAGCUGGACUUGGUGACCGAGGUUCCCACCUUCAGACCAGUGCGGGCAAAUGGAAACAUCCAGAUGCCGAAGAAGUGAACCAGCUGGACUAUUUAGGUUCGGUUUGCUCGCAGAAAUGGUAAUUCUUUCAGCUCUCGCAUUCUGAUGAGAAUUUAGAAGGGAAUAGCACAAAAUGUGCAGCACCUUGUUUAUUUUUCUUGACUUUUCUCCAACAACGUGUGUUAUCCUUGACCUUGACUGGCAACUAGGUGUACCCCACCUCUCACCCAAAGUCAGCUGGGAUCGGCUCCAGGUUACCUGCAACCUGAAUGAAUGACAAGGAGUACAUACUUGCCCUUAAAAAAUGACGGCCACACAAUUCAGAAUAUAUUAUACUUUUACACAAAGGAAGCUCAAUUCUACCAUUUGAAUUCAUUGCAAUUCAUUGCAUUCAUAAAAAUUGUUCCAGGUGGUCACUGUCCAAUGAAAGGCAUGUCCAGGUACCUCUAAAUAGUUUAGAUUAUUAUUAAAAUGAUUCGUAUCCAUGACAAUUUCAAUUUUCAUCAACUAUUCAGUAUAUCUGUAAAGUAGUCACAGUGCUUCACUUUAUGCACAUUUUGUUCAGUUUCAGCCUUGAUGCACAUUUGGCAGCGAUGACAGCCUUUAGCCAUGUGCCGUCUUCAUCUUCUGUAGUUUUAUGGCGGGUGGCAAACAAUAUACAUUCGGCCCACCCACCGGUAUGAAACUCGAAUCAACUAAGAUUACGAAACCACUCUGAAAAAACAAUAAACCUUAACUCAAAUCCUGUUCAAAUUAACGUCGCCACUGCUGCUGUUGCCAACAGCAACCCCACCUGCGGCAUUAUGGAAUAAAUGGCAAGGGGAAAUCAUGCUUUGCGGACAUAAUAAAAUCAUAAAAAUUACAAAUAUACAUUUUCUUACUAAACUUUCAAAUGCAUUGGUGUCAUGCUACUUUUUUUUAACUUGAGUAUGUGCAAGUCAAUACCCCAAAGCAUGGGAAUUUUUUUUUGGGGGGGGGUAGCAUUUUUUUCUACAAGUUCAUUGGACGUACUUGCUUAUCAAAAUUGUUGACUUCACAUUAAUCGUUCCACGCUUCUGUAUGUUUGUGUUCUCACAUGUGCUGUCAACUAUGGGACCUUAAAUGCCAAUCUAAAUCAUUUAAAUUCCAAAAAUUGAACAUGGGAUUUUAAAAUUAACUUGUAGAAACAUCUCAAGGGUGGUCAGUGGAAACAGGAUGCACUGGAGAUCAACCGAUUUUUUUUUUGUAAUUAAAUUGACAAAUCCAUUUUGGAAUAAGGUUUUAACAAUACAUAAUCUUGAAAAAGUGAAGCACUGAAUACUUUCUGGAUGUAUUGUCUCUUUUGAACACUGGAUGUGGCUUUAUGGAAUACAAUAAAUACUUUUGGACGUGGCAAUUUAUCAAAUGUGUAAAAAGUAAUGAAAAUAGAAAUUUCUCUAAUGAACAUCUUCAAUAAUGUCCUCUCAUUGUGUCACGGCUACCAAAUAAAUUCCAAAUCAACAAUAAAAAUACACUACCUCACCUAAUUUUGCUAGAGUAGAGAAUCUUCAGUUUUUCACCUAUUUACAGUGUACUUUUUUUGUUCAAAAUCCUUCGAAAUUCUCAUCAAAGAAAGAUCAACCUGUAGCAUUUCACUAAAGUAGCAUCCUUUGAAAUAGAAUUACCGUUCUAGCACUUACGAGACUGUCCAUGCGCUUGGUUCACCAACCCAAAUCCCCUCUUAGUGCAGGCUCAGAGUCUCUCAUUUAGUCAUCUAAUUUUGGAGUGCCUCCAAGCACCAUCUUAAUGGGGGUGUGGGACUUAAUUGUUAACAUUUUUGUCUCCCAGUGUUUAACGUCCGUCUGAUAAUCCCAUUCGUGAAUGUCUCGAAAAAUCUUCAUCGAAAUUCCCUUGAGUCGUCUCCCUGACUUCAAGGCCUCAAGCAACCCAAUUGGUGCCACAUGCUCCGACAUUCCCGUCAAUGUUUUCUCUGCAGGAUUAGCAUCAUUGCACUUAACUAUUUUAGGAAAACAAACUUCCUCAUUUCAGUCAUUUGGGAGGGGGGCGGAGGAGGGAUUCCUCGUUUUCUCCCUAGUCUGUUUAUUGUGGUCAACCCUCAGGUCAUGCCUUUCCAACCACCGCCCGCUUCACUUCCUAAAACCCUCACAGGAAGUUGCAGAAAAUAGUGGGUAAAACUAUUCAGGCCUUGGGAGAGGGUUGAAUGAACCCGCAUGUACUGUAAAUGCGUCCAAAGACAGUUGUGUCCAUCCUUUCUGCUGCAUAUUUCCCUGAGGUCAGCUCGCGUUUGUGUCUCAACUCCUGCUCAAAUCACUCCAGUAAUUGGAUUGUUGACAUUUCCUCUCAUAAGCUCAAUUACACUGCGGUCUGUGGCUGCAUGUGAGAGAGGAAAACAAGAGCCGGGGACCCUGUCGUCUUUCUAUCGUGGGUUUGGACACAAAAUACGGUAGUCUAGCUGCAUUUGUAUGGUAUUGGAAGCUUGUGAUUGUCUUAUUUGAACCGGUGGAGCAGUCACAUGACAGAGAGUCAAACUUUCACUCUUUCCUGUGAAGUAAUCGACUACUUACCAAAUCUAGACUUUUAGACUUGUCCAAACUUUGAAAUUUUCCACACUUUAAACCAGCAACUACGCCCACUGGUAUUAUUGAAAUAUAUUUCCUCUUUAAUUGCAGUGAACUCUACUGUUGAUUUGUGAAGUUGCUCUUUAUAUUAGAAGUGGUAGAAUGAAAGUGGCAAUUAUUGUGAAGAAUGAGUUUUUGUUCUUGUUUUUUUCUUUUGGUAAGGAAGCAACUGGUCCAGCAUAAUAAUGAUCUUAUAUUGACAUUGCAUUUCUUGUAUUAUUUAUUCAUAGCGACAAAUGGUUCUCAAAUUUUUUUUUAAAUAAUGUAACAGCGGAGGAAAAAAUGCAUUCUAUGUUUUUAACAGAUUUUAAAAGAGUCUUUUUUACUUAAGACAUUACAUUGUAGAUAAUAAAGAACUGUUUUUUGACACCUGC